CCUAUCUCGUGAGUUGGCUCCUCUCCUUGCCCUAUAUAAACAGAUCAUACUAUGCAAACCAUGCAUAAAUGUGAAAGUAUCAUAAAGUGUUUAAUUAAACAUGGUUCGGAUACUACUGAUCUACGUAGCCUUUUUCCUUUUCAUAAGCCUGGUCCACUCUGUAAGCCCUCCACCGUUUUCUAAGACACUGGCUCCCACACCAUCUCCGUCCAUUGGCAGUAGAAUUGGGGGCGGAGGAGGAGGAGAGGGUGGUGGCGGUGGCAGCAGUGCCGGUCCGGGUAGUGCAGGUUCAGGGUUUGGUUCAGGGAGUGGGUAUGGCCGUGGAAGUGGUGGCGGUGGAGGAGGCGGAGGGGGAGGUGGUGGAGGUGGCAGCGGUGGUGGUAGUGGUUCUGGCUUUGGAGGUGGAACUGGCUUUGGAGGUGGUGGUGUUGGCGGUACUGGAGGAUUUGAUGGCUCUGGAGGUGUAGGCAUGCCUGGGAAAUUAGACAGGAAGAGUUCCCCAGGCUACCAUUAAUUUAGAGCAAUUAAUAUACAUAAGCUGUGUGUGUUUGCUCCUACAGUUCUACUUGAAAGUCUCCUGUUGUGUUGCUCUUUCUAGCUAGCUAGGCUUCUCCUACAACAGAGUGAAUAAACUAGUAAUCACUCUGUCACUUUUCUAAGUGAAGUGGUACUUCAUGUGUGUUUACUACGACUAUAUGUAUUGAAGUUUUAUUUGUUAAUUAAAGGGUUUGUAUGUUAACAAUCAUUUG